AUGGCAGACGAGUACAAAGAGCACCGUCAAUGUCAGACUUGUUACGUUCAAUUUCCAACAAACGAACAGCUUCGCGCCCAUGUUGAGGAUUACCGAUCGCGUGAACGGCUGCUUCUCGCAGAAUUGGAGCGGUGCCGAAUGCAUUUGGCUGCACUGGAUAAUACCAGCGGUGAGGAGGAGGAAGAAGAAGAAGACGAACCGGGGUCUUCUUCUCAAUCAAACCCGCUUCUGUGCCCGUUCAAAUCAUGCAGCCGGAUCGAGCCGUACACAACCAGAGGGAACCUCGUGCGGCAUUGCAAGACGCAUGUCGAUUGUUUUGAGAUGUGUCCCUUCUGUCACGAAUAUUUUGUGAAAGUCAACCAAUAUGACAGACACAACCACAAUAGCAGCCCUCAUGACCCAAAGAGCAUUUUCAUGGAGGAAAGGACGAUCAAUCUCAAUGCGACUGUCAGUAAGAAGCUAGACCAAUGGCUGGAGCAUCGCAGCGCUAGAAAAAGAAAGCAAGUAUUUCCAGCUUCAGGGUCGGCACAGAAGAAAAUCAAGAAUACUCCUAUUUCCGAUGCGUGCAAAGAUCUGUCACGCCAACCCGGUAAAUCUACGACAACAGCAACGGCAACAGCAACGGAAACUGAAAUGGAAACGAAUGGCCAAUUGGGAAAUUCUGCAUGCAGAACGCUUACGACUUCGUGCCAAACCGAUCAGGCACUCGACGAGAUGAUCUCGAUCAGAGAUUUGGGUGAUGGAGGUUUACCCUAUCCUUCUUGGCACAGUAUUGAUGGUGAGCAGUCAUUUGGUCACCCAGCCACAAGUACAACUACAAACAAUGAGUGGGCACUGGGUGAGUGGGCAUUUGCUAGUACAGCCAUGAACACGGCAACAAACGAGUAUCCCCUGGGCGAAUGGGCCUUUGCUGAUACAAUCAUGGGUGCGACUACAAAUGAGUGUGUGUCAGGGGAUUGGGCAUUCGCUCACGCGGAUGCAAGUGCAGCAUCAAACAAUGGUUGGAUACUGGCUUCCACAGCUGCGAGCAUGCAUACAGACGACAACUAG